AUGAUCGCAGAGGGUACGCCAACUUUGUCAUCCGGUCGGAGUGACCGACUAUUGCAAUCCUUCUGGCAGGCAGCUGUUGAAGACAAGAUGAAAUUGGAAACUGUGCUGAAACGACCUCCUCCACUUGCCCCACUCGGCCAUCAUCCACGUCUGUCGCUUUGCCUCGGUGUCCACCUCACUUUGAUUGGCCGGCCCCGUCGGCACAAUUCCCCCCCUCCCUCAGGUAGCCCGUCCACCCUCACUCCGGCCCAGCUUCAGCAUCGAUGGGUAGUGGAGGCUGGCGAAAAGCCUGGCUGA